GUGUUUGUUGCUUCCUUCUCGCUUCCAAUGAUCGUCCAUUACAUUCAUUUAUUUCCAUCAUCAUGCCCACCUUGGCAUUGGAGACGCCAUCCCCUCGAGGAACCUCGGCUCGUCAAGCUUCACCGUCUCAGGAUACGGCACCGUCGGUGACUCCAGGAUCGCGCCAUGACAAUACUGCUGCUGAAGAAGAAGAAGAGGACGAGUGGCUCAUGUCCUGCCGGACCGAAAAUGGCAAAGAUUUGGUCACACUGCUGUCGUCCCUACAGCACGUGUCGGCCCAUCCUUCGGAUGCCAUGAAUACAACAUCCUCCAGCUUGAAUGCUUCCACAACCACACAAUCCACUCGGAGAUCUUUCUCCUCCCAAAGCCGGCGCAAACGCCACAAAAAAAUUCAACCCGUCACCAUCAUGUGUUCGGCCGAAGUCUUUGCGUUUCACGUCUUUGGACCGGCCAAACAGUCCGAAGCCAGCAUUGAAUUGCAAAGAGCGAUGUUCUCGCAGUAUCAAGUCCGAAAGGAAAAUCCAGAACAAGAAGACUGGCAAGCCGAAGGAGAUUUCUGCAUCAAUUUGACGUCUCUACUAUCCGCCUUGCAAUGGUUGGGUCCACUCGAUAAUCACCGAACGACUGUGGGCAUGAGCUACAAUCUACGGACAGAAAUAUUCCGAGUGGAAUUGUUGCAAGAUGCGGGUUCCGGUGGUACGAAUGCAGGAGGAGUACUCUGUGUCACUGAAAUUCAAGGACUGUUACCAGCCGAAGAUGAUCCCGAUGGGGAUUCCCUUUCCAAUGCGUAUAAAUCACACCCUGUGGCCGCCAGAAUGCAUCUACGAUCUAGUAUUCUGAGAGAGCUAUUGCCCGAAUGGAGUAACGUCGCGGGAGCCUCCACUGCCGCCAUGGCGUUUUCCAUGAAAAAGGGACUCGAGAUUGCCGUCACGGGACACUAUGGGGAAACCUGGUUGCAAAUUCCUGCCACGGGGGAUCACAUGUUGGCACCCUUGGAAUUAGUAGCAGCCGAUCAAGAUCAAGGCAAAACGACGACAAUCACACGAUCCUAUGCUAUGCAUUCACUGCUCAGUAGCAUGAAGGGACUGGACCUGGCAGAAGAAUCCGUCUUGUCCAUCAAUUCACAAGGCAUCAUGGCCAUUCAGCACAAAACCAUGGAAAUACCAGGGCAAGAUAAAAUGUCCAACUUUGUCGAUUUCAUCAUGACUUGUCUGGAAGAUGAGGAUGAUGAUGACGAGGAAGACGACGAAGAAGAAGGGUCCCAAAAAUCCGCACAAGAGUCCAUGCGUCGUUUUCAGGCUUCUCAGAGUCAAGGUGGUGGUGAUGACACGGCUAGUCAUAGUCGGCAAUCCACCACCGCCGCCACACCCCGCCGCCGCUGCCGCGUGGAGGAAGAAGACGAUGGUUCACGGACUACUACUGCUACUCCACACAACGCGACGGGGGAUGAUGUGGAUGGCAGUGAAACAGAAGGAGAGUCUCCUCGGGAACGUCAGAAACGACAAGCAAGAGAGCGCAAGCGAGAGCAAUCCUUGCAGAGUGAAGAAGAAGAAGACAAUGAUGAAACCACCAUCAACAACAUCGCCCCCUUGUUUGCGUCUGUGGUGGCAUCCUCCAGCCAAUCGGGGAGGGAUUCACCUCCUCGACGCCGUGCAAGACGAUCUACUUCACAGCGGCGACAACGACCUUUGGACUCUCGCCGGUCGGGAGGUCGUCGUUCACGGGGUAAUGGCGGAGAAGACAGUGACGCUUCCAAAAACAUGCUAGAGAGCAGUGAUGACGAGGAGAAGAAUCAGAAUAGCAGCAGCGACGACGAUGAGGAUCAUUUGGAUUUGGAUGCAUUGGCAAAUUCUCCGGUGGGAGGACGAGACAAUCGAGAGCAAGAGUGUGCUUCUCCAGAGUUGGUCAUCAAAUAGAAGGUAGUACUAUAGAUCGUCUAGCUAUCAAAUCAAGGAUAGCUAUUGUACCAUAUCCAGAUUAUGCUUAGCUGCCUAUAUCUAUGUAGCCACUUCA